UCCGCCGCCUCCAAGAGUCCGGAAGCGAGGGUCUCCGUCGCCGGGUUCGGUGUGCCGCCGCUCCUCCGCGUCCUUCGCCAUGGGGAAGACGGACUUCUUGAGCCCCAAGGCCAUCGCCAACCGCAUCAAGUCGAAGGGGCUGCAGAAGCUGCGCUGGUAUUGCCAGAUGUGCCAGAAGCAGUGCCGGGACGAGAAUGGCUUUAAAUGUCAUUGCAUGUCCGAAUCCCACCAGCGACAACUGCUCCUGGCAUCCGAAAACCCGCAGCAAUUCAUGGAUUAUUUUUCAGAGGAAUUCCGGAAUGAUUUCCUAGAACUUCUCCGGAGAAGAUUCGGAACAAAGAGAGUCCACAACAAUAUCGUAUAUAAUGAAUAUAUCAGCCAUCGGGAACACGUCCAUAUGAAUGCUACGCAGUGGGAGACUCUGACGGAUUUUACGAAGUGGCUGGGGAGAGAAGGCCUUUGCAAGGUGGAUGAAACCCCCAAAGGCUGGUACAUCCAAUAUAUUGACCGAGACCCUGAGACCAUCCGUCGGCAGCAGGAACAGGAGAAGAAGAAAAAACAGGACUUGGACGAUGAAGAGAAAACGGCCAGAUUCAUCGAACAGCAAGUCAGGAGGGGCUUGGAGGGAAAAGAUCAGGAAGAGCCAGUCUUUACUGAACUAAACAGAGAAAAUGAGGAAGAAAAAGUGACCUUCAAUUUGAACAAAGGCGCGUGCACAUCAGCUGCUUCAGCACAACAACCCAAAAGCAGCUUGCUUGGCCCCACCGUGCUGAAGCCGUCAGGAACGCUGCUCCCCCUUAAGCGGAAAGAAACCCCUCUGACGUCAAAGCAAAUUAAGGAGAAGAAGAAGAAGAAAUCUGCCCUUGAUGAGAUCAUAGAGUUUGAAGAAGAGAAGAAAAAGUCUGCCCGAACGGACUACUGGUUGCAACCUGAAAUUGUGGUCAAAAUCAUAACCAAGAAACUUGGCGAGAAAUACUAUAAAAAAAAAGCCGUCGUUAAGGAGGUAAUUGACAAGUACACAGCAGUUGUGAAAUUGACCAAUUCUGGAGAUAAGCUCAAACUUGAUCAGACGCAUCUGGAGACUGUGAUCCCAGCCCCAGGUAAAAAAGUGCUGGUUUUAAACGGAGGCUACCGAGGGAACGAAGCCACGUUACUGGGCAUCAACGAGAAGUCUUUUUCCGCCACAGUCCUCAUUGAAUCGGGAGCUCUGAAAGGACGUCAGGUGGAUGGUAUUCCAUACGAAGACAUUUCCAAGUUGGCCUCCGUUGACUAGGAAGAGCUGAUGAGAUCUGUGAAGAACAUCUCUGGACAUGGCUGCAGAUGAACAACUCCAGUAUACGCUCAACUCAAGAGUUGAACUGUCAAUUUGAAGGAGCGAACGAGAUUUCUGAAGGGUGCCCUAUAAAUACAGUACAUUGGAUCCUCUAUUUAUGAGCCCUUUCUGGAUCAACCACGGGCAAUCUCCUAAUAGAUUUCUCCUCAUUUAUUGCUGGGAAUCUUGAUUAGAUUGGUUCACCCUGUAGCACAGUAUCAGCCAUCUAUAGCCCUGCGGUCCGUAGAACUUUUCGUAAUGUAUAUUUCCUGCAGAAAUUGGAACCAUCUGUGGUCGGAGAGCUAAGUAUGAUGUUGUAACUUGAGAGUUUAGCUUCAUCUCACCUGCUGACACGAAAAUAGUCUUCCGUUCCAUUGGGAUGGGAUUAACCAGCAGCAGGAUGUCUACUAUCCCCACCACCACCACCACAAAAAAGCAUAAUCUACUACCGUCGCCCUGCCAACUUUUUAAAAAGCCGAAUUUUUACGAAAUCAUCAAGACUUAAUAGACCAUUGAUGGUCGUGCGCCAGCCUUGGGAGAAAAGCGUGCCAGUUCCUGAUCUGAGUCAUGGAUUCUGAUGGAAUCAGAGAAUCUUCAAAGAGUUCCAAUUUUUCAUCUAUAUCUUUUCAGUCCGUCCUUGUACUGUAGAAGAGGCUACCACACAUCCUGGUAGGACGUUUUAUCAGAUUUGAAAGCGGGGGGGGGGGGGGAUUCUUCUGAGCGGCCCAGAAAAUCUGGUCCCAGGUGGACCUUCUGAAUUCGACAUCAUCCAGGAAGCCAUUUUUGCCUGGCAAUGUUUUAGCGAUGUUGACAUAUUUUAAGAGAAUUGGUAACGAUAAGCUCUCUGCUUAGGAAAUCAGUUUUCUCGAUCUGGACUUUCACUCUUCCAUGAGGCAGCUCUUGGGAGCUGCUGGAACAUCCGUUAAUGGUUUGGAUCUCUCUUUUUUUAAUUGUAUAGUAAUUUUGUACAGAACAGAGAAGAAGAUGGGAGCUAUUUUAUUGGUGCGGCGUUUCUUUCGAACCAUUGUGCGCGUCCCAAAUAAAUGGACUUCGAUGCCCCUUUAAAUUGGCUCGUGGCUUUAUUUCGGAAGGUACACUUUGGCUUCUGAACUCGAACGUUGACCUGUACUCCGUUGAAGUUGCGAAUUUACAGGUGUGUAAUUAAAAUUAAAAUAAAAUAAAAAUAAAAAU